GAAGGCUUGAGCGAAGGUCGUCGUCGUCUCUCUCUCUCGUGCAACCACAGAGAAACCAGGAGCGAGAGAACAUGCCCCAACUACAUGCGGCGUCGCAAAUGAUAAAGCCGGAAUACGACGAUGUAGAGAGCUCUAAGAUCGUCGUCUUUGCUGAUCUAAACGCCAAUCCUCCUGAAACAACCGACCAAGAUCCUCUCCUACGCGCUUCGGCGACUGAGCCUUCUAGAUUGAACGUGAAUGGUGAAAGCAGCGUAUGUAGAAGUGGAAUAACGAGCAAAGACAACGAUGGGACUGAAGGUAAAGGAAAAACCUCGAAUAAGAUAGGAAAAUCGCGUUCAAGAAACGCAAGUAAGGGAGAGGCGUCGUGUAUUGAUUAUGGAGGAGAUGCGGAUGCAGAACAGCCAGGUCCACCCCCUCCAUCUUCUCGCGAGGAGAAAGUCAGCAGCCUCAAAACCGGUUUGAUACAUGUUGCUAAGAAGAUGCCUAAGAAUGCACAUGUGCACUUUUAUCUUGGACUUAUGUAUCAAAGGUUGGGUCAACCUCAAAAGGCAAUUUUGGCAUAUGAGAAAGCUGAGGAGAUCUUGCUUCGUUGUGAAUCUGAGAUUGAUAGGCCAGAACUGCUUUCGUUAGUUCAAAUCCAUCAUGCGCAGUGCUUUCUACUUGAAAGUCUAGGAGAGACUUGCGUGGACAAAGAACUUGAACAGGAAGAGCUUGAGGAAAUUCUCUCCAGACUAAAAGACUCAAUGCGAUCAGAUAUCAGACAAGCAGCAGUAUGGAACACACUAGGCUUGAUACUGCUCAAAACUGGUCGCACAGAGAGUGCUGUUUCGGUUCUAUCGACCUUAUUGACCAUUGAUCCUAACAACUUUGAUUGCAUUGGUAACCUUGGAAUUGCUUAUCUUCAAAGUGGAAAUUUGGAGCUUUCAGAAAAAUGUUUUCAAGAUUUGAUUCUUAAAGAUCAAAAUCAUCCUGCUGCAUUAAUCAACUAUGCUGCUACUCUUUUGUGUAAAUAUGGCUCAGUUGUUGCAGGUGCUGGGGCCAAUGCUGGUGAAGGUUCUUCUGUAGACCAAUUUGCAGCUGUCAAUGUUGCAAAGGAGUGUUUGCUGGCCGCAUUAAGAGCAGAUCCAAAAGGAGCACAUAUAUGGGCAAAUCUUGCUAAUGCAUAUUACAUGACUGGUGACCACAGAAGUUCUAGUAAAUGCUUGGAGAAGGCUGCAAAACUGGAGCCCAAUUGUAUGUCUACUCGAUAUGCAGUUGCCAUUCAUCGUAUCAAGGAUGCAGAAAGAUCUCAAGAUCCUAGUGAACAGCUCUCGUGGGCUGGCAACGAAAUGGCAUCCAUAGUAAGAGAAGGUGAUUCUGUUCCAAUAGAACUUCCCAUUGCUUGGGCAGGACUUGCCAUGGUUCACAAGGCCCAGCAUGAGAUUGCUGCAGCAUUUAAGACAGAACAAAAGGAAUUAAUGGAGGUAGAAGAGCGUGCUCUCUUCAUUUUAAAGCAGGCAGUAGCAGAGGAUCCUGAUGAUGGUGUGCAGUGGCACCAACUUGGCCUUCAUAAUCUCUGUUCCCAACAAUAUAAAACAGCACAAAAAUAUCUCAAGGCAGCAGUUGCUCGUUUUAGAGAAUGCAGCUACGCGUGGUCAAAUCUUGGUGUUGCACUGCAACUAUCUGAGGAGUCCUCACAAGCUGAGGAGGUAUACAAGCAGGCUUUGAGUUUAGCUACAGCGGAACAAUCCCAUGCUAUAUUUUCCAACCUUGGGAACCUCUACCGGCAGCAGAAAAAAAUUGAACGCGCAAAGGCAAUGUUGUCAAAGUCUCUUCAACUGCAGCCUGGCUAUGCUCCUGCAUAUAACAAUCUAGGUCUCGUUUUUGUCGCGGAGGGUCGAUGGGACGAAGCUAAGUUCUGCUUUGACAAAGCUGUCCAGGCAGAUCCAUUGCUUGAUGCAGCCAAGUCAAACAUGAUUAAAGCAACGGCCAUGUCUAGAUUGUGUGGAGGCUGAUUCUGCUUAUAAAAAACCAGAAGAGUCAUUUCCCCUCAUCUAUUAAUAACAUGCCACUCUCUCUUCUUUCUCUCUCUCUGCUUAUUCGGGAAUGAAGAAUCCUUCAAAUUUUCACGAAGGUGUAUAUAAUGGUUUUAUGCAUUGUGUGUCAUGUCCUUAACCCAUAGUUGCAAUCUAUAACUCGCAUGUCUGUA